AAUACCAAUACUGAAUUAGGUUAGACCGCUAAUGCUUAGACUUACGUACAAAGCUAGAACUCGGUUCUAGACUGUGUGUUUUGUGCUGGGUAGUAAUAAUUUGUUAACACUUUUAUUACUCUGUAAGCUACAUAGCCUAAACAGUUUUUGGGGGUCUAGUAGAGUAUAAUUUCGUCAUUGCUUUGAAAAUGGCUAGACAAAGCAAUAUAAGUACAGGUGAAAAACUACUAUCUUUGAUAAGUGAUAUUGAAUUAAUUACAAAGGAAAUUUUAGAAAAUACAAUUGCUUUAAAACAUCAAAAACUAAGUGGACCAGAACAACACAACCUGACAGCUCUUCUGGUUGCUAAAGAUAAUGAACUGAAAGAUACGUUAAGUGUUGCCGCAGAGCAAGCCAAAAUAAACCAGAAAAUGGACCUGUUGAGAGCUGAGGUUGACCAGCAAGACCAAGAUAUUCAACAACUACAGAGGCAUCUUAAAGAGGCUGAACAGAUUUUGGCGACUGCAAUCUUUCAAGCGAAACAGAAACUGAAGUCUAUCAAUAGGGCCAAUGACAACCCUGUCCCCUCUGAGGAACUGAUCAAGUUUGCCCACAAGAUAAGUGCUUCCAACGCAGUGUGUGCCCCUCUCACCUGGCAGCCAGGAGACCCACGAAGGCCGUAUCCUACAGAUAUUGAAAUGCGCCUCGGUUUCCUCGGGCGGCUGAAUGACAUGCCGAUGAAUGGUCACAUGAUGCAGCAGGCCAGCAACAUGCCGGAGAUGCUGAGGUCGGCUGAGCCCCCUGCUUCGCAACAGAACCAGUUCGCCUGGCAUCCUUCCGGUGAGAUACACGUGUCAGUCGCAGGCCAGGGCUCAGUUCCAAUGGACACUCGCAACCACAAUAAAGACCCCGAGGACGUCGAAGUCAUGUCCACAGAUAGCAGUAGUAGUUCCUCUAGUGAUUCACAAUAAAUUAAGUUUUUAUUUUUGUAAA